CUUUUAGUGUCAAUUUACCUCCCGUGCGGAUCAGUUGGUUUUGUAUCGCAGCGCUGCUCGACUCAGAGUCAGUUCAGUUCAGUUCAGUCAGUAAUCGGUCGGUCGGUUGGAUUGUUUCGCAACAGGUUUUCCCAACUACGCAGUGCAUGCUGAUGAAUGCCAAGAUCGUGCUUCAAAUGUGUGGAUUACGAGAAGAAGAAGGAUGGUUGGCGCAAAACGUGCAAAUUCACUAUCGUUACUAAAAAUCUAGAGAAAAGUGCAAGUGUGUUUUCCUGUUUCGGUUCGACAAUUUAUGAUAAAAAUAAAUUGCCAGUAGAGAGUGAGAGGGCAAAAACAUAUCGCGAGUGAAAAAGUUCUGUGCCGGGAAGAAGUUUUGUUAAAACACCAUCAGCGGAGUAGUGAUUCCCGCGUCAGAGCAAUUCCGUAACGCACAAGUGAGUGAUUUCCACACACUGAAAAUAGCCUGCGAAAACAUCAACAGCGCAAAAAAGCCGACCCAACAUCAACAACAGACUACGGACGACAACAUGUGUCAGGAUCGAGUUAUGAAGCUGCUAAUAUUCGGCUUUAUCGCCGGCUUCCUGCUUCAAGAAUGUCAUGCCUCACCUCAUCCGGCCAGCAGUAGUCUAUCGAAGGAACGGAGAGGUGGAACGACGGCCGAGGAGGACGACUACAACUACGACGACGAGGAUGAACCCUCGAAGGAGCUGGGAACCAACGACGUGAACGGGGCCGAUCUCAACACGAUGCUCCUGACCAAAAACCACACCGUCGAGACGGAGAUCAACGAUACGGUGACGCUGCCCUGCCGGGUGACCAAUCCGCAGAACAACACCAUCGUUAUGUGGUUCAAAACCACCACCCUGCUGUACGUCCGGGACAAUAAGCACUCCAAAGACCCUCGGCUAUCGCUGGGCAGCGAUUACUCCCUCACGAUCCAGAACGUCAACGUGGAAGAUGACUCCAUCUACAAGUGCAUCGUCUACCCGGUCAACAAAUCCGCUUACAUCACCCUGAAAGUCAGAGGCCCACCGUACAACGUGAUGAUCACCCACGGUAACAACGAUCACACCAAUCGCAAUUUGGUGAUCCAACAGCGCGAUCGAAAGUUUAUCAUCCACUGUCGGGCCUCGGGUUUCCCCACGCCACUGAUCUCAUGGUCCUUCCGGGGAAAACAUUUGGACGAAAAUCACGCCAAACAGACCGGCAUCAACAUUCGCAAGGAGUUCCUGGAAAUUCAUGACGUCAAGCCUCAUCAUGCCGGCGAUUACGAGUGCUUGGCCCAGAACGGAAUCGGCGAACCAGUGAGUGCCGCUGUGAACGUUCAGAUCAAAUCCAGAGUUGUACUGAUUGGACCCAGUGAAGACGACAGUAGCGCUUCGCCCCCGGACGAUAAAGAAGCAAUGCCCUCGAUCGCUAAGCACAUCGAUUAUCUGAACACGGCCAUCGGAGACACCGCCGAGUUGGUUUGCCUGUACCACAGUGAUCCGACCGCCAUCAAGAUCCAGUGGUUCCGAGGAGACGAGCCACUGCACGACAGUGCCAAGUUCACCAUCAGCCGGGAUCACCACAACCACCACAUGAGAACACGGUUAACCGUCAAGGAUGUCGAGCAGAAAGAUUUGGUGACCUACGUGUGCAAGAUUACGAACAACCUUGGAGAAGCGAUGGCCAAGACUACCCUGGGCUUGCUGCCAGGUGCCGCCCAUCUGGCGAACUUCAGCUAUUCGGACGGACUGCUGCAUACCAUCUGGAGGGUGCGAAGCGUACAGCCCCUGUCCGAUCUGCAGAUCCUGUACAAGGGAGAAAACACCAAAUAUACCACUAUCGACGCUACCAUUUCAGAGCAGAACAAAGAGGAAAACGGCGAUUUUUGGAACAUCAAACGCUCGAUCCGGCUGCCCGAGGGCGAAUGGUUCAUCACUGCCCGCGCCAAAAACACCGAAGGUUGGGCCUACACGGAAACCGUUCCUCUGCAGUUCCAAAUCCCCGGUGAAGUCUCGCUGGAGAACCGAGCUCCCGGAGGCAGCUCCGGUGCUUCCAUCCGACAGGUGUCGUCCGCCAGCUUAGCCGUGCUGGUCCUCCUUGCGGUGCUUAGACGAAUGCAUUAAGUUGCGGAGCGAGCGGACUGCUGACCCGUGAAGGAAGAAGCUUAUUUUGGUUGCCUUCUUCCGAUUGAAAUUAGAAUCGGUCUGGAAGAUUUGCGUUGACUACGUUGAUGACGAAUAAAAAAAAGUAUUUAUUUGGAGAAAAAAAUCGAAGAUCUGCUAAGUGCUAAGGGACGCCUUCUUGAGCAGGAAAGCGAUGCGUAGUUAUGUAUAAAACAAAUUAGAAUGUGUAGAUUAGCCAACGAGAGAAAUAUGCGAAAUGCCUUGUAGUUUAUCACCAAAAGCCACAUCCAAAAAAAAAACGCACGAACCAAUGGAGCAAGUUAAAUCAUAGGAAAAUCCAGCAAACACACGCAUUAGACCGAUUUUGAAUCGUUCACGCUUUGACCCACGUCCGAACCAACAGCAAACACCGGAAAUAAAGCACCACCAAUGUUUCAUGUAUUGUAAAUCUAGUUAAACGAUUGUAAGGUUCGCUAAAACACAAUAUCAGCGCAGAAAGAAAACCAAAUAAAAACGCUUACGGAUUAAUUUUUAUGUUAGACAGUUGUUAUAAUUUAGUCUAUGUUCUGUUCAUUCUCAACUUAUGUUCUGUUUCUACUCCGAUCAUACUUUUACUAGAGCCUAGAGUUAAUCAACUAUUUUCCUGCCCUUCGUUGUAAAUUUGAACUACUGUUUAAGGAUUUAUUCAGAUAUAGGUUCAUAAAUAAAUUUCCAAACUCUGUGUAAAAUAUUAAUGAAAAGUGAAAUCUAGUACAUAUACAUACAUCUAUUUUGUAACAAUAGAAGACGUACUAAUUUUAGCAUUAUUGAAAGUGAAACAGUAGAAACUAUACUUAACACAUUGUAAGAUCUAAAUCAAAUCCUACAUAAGUUCUACUACAGUCAUGCACACCGAUAUAAGAAUACAUACAAAACACACAAAAUAGGCAGCAAACACAACUUGUUUAGGGUAGCUAGCGGAAUAAUUGUUAACUAAAAACAAUUCAGUGUGUUGAAUGCCACCGUAUUUAGCAAGUUACAGAAAACCACGCAAAAAUUUCAAGGGCGACCCUUCGAUGAACGCGAAUCAUCAUCGCCAGGAAGUGCGCCGUAAGCCAUAUUUAUAUUUAUUAACCAUGUACCGUACCAUAGUGUAAUACUAUUCUCCUAUAGCAAAAAACAUAUUCUCUCUACUUUCGAUAGUUAUACGUCUUUUCGGUAUCACAGUUCGAAUGCGGAGGAGUAACAGUUGGGCAAAAGUCGAUGGGUAGACAUGCGUAGAUGCAGGAAACAGGAUAGAACACUAGAACAUAAGAUACGGUCGGCUAUGAACUCGAUUGGAGGGACAAAAACUGGCUUAUGAAUUGGUGAAAUAAGUGUAGGUUUAACGUGUAAGAAAAACUAAUUGCAGUGAGACGGAUGGAAUGUACUAGGAAAGUAAAAUUGAAAAUAAACUUAGAAACAGUAACAA